UUGAUUUCAGGUUGCGGUCUAAAUUACCACAAGCGAUGUGCAUCAAAGAUUCCAAACAAUUGCAAUGGGUCGCGUCAAAGGAGACCGAGCGCGAUUCCCAUUGUCUCCAUCCACUUCAAAUGUGCUGAACCUAACAGACAGACGGGUAUUGUCGCAAAUAUUUGCAGUUGCCUCUUUUUUACUUUUUCUAUGGCUGCCUCUGACGCCAGCCUCAUUAUGAAUGCGCAAUCUCGGCGAGACUCAUGUCUCGAUGCAUUGGACGCCGCCAGGCCGUCAUCGACAAUCGGCGGACCACAACUUGCUCCAGACAUCUUCAUUACUCCCGAUACGGACUGUGGAGACCCUGUAGGAGGC